AUGGACCACAAGGAACCAGACACACUGUUUGACCUUGCUACACAAAGUCUAUUGAGUAAUGAGCGUGCAGCGAUCCAUGCUCUGGGGGUGAUGCCAAGAAAGCUUUUUGUUCCAUUUUUCAAUGCUGCCUUCCUGGGUGGGCAUAAGAAUAUCCUCAUGGCAACUGUGAAGAUGUGGCCCUUUCCCUGUCUCCAUAUGGGGACAUUAAAGGCACGGGAAUCACAGUGUGAACUCGUGAAAACCAUGGUUGAGAGUCUUCAGGUCCUUCCUGCCCAGGACUCAGCAUCUUGGAACCCUAAACUGAGGAUUCUAGAUUUAAGAGAGAAUGCUGUCUGCAGGAAUGUAUGCCCUGAAAGCCAUGAGAAGUCACAUACUUGUUUUCAUUCCUGUGCUUAUUUUGAACACACUGCCCAGAAUACAGAAGCGCAGUGUAAUGUUGCAAAUGCACAGUCUGAGGUUCAGUCCUCCAGGCAUUCUGUGCAAUUAAUAGUGGACCUUUCCCUUGACGGUACCUUGAGGGAAAGGACAUUUUUUUCUUUGCUUUUGAAUAAAGUGGAGCAGAGCUUAGGGUCUUUGCACCUCUGUUGCCGAGAUUUGAAAAUCAAUAAAUUGUAUAAUUGCAAAAACACCUUGAGAUUCCUGAAUUUGAAAUGUGUUAAUCACCUGGCAGUUGAAAUAGCUACUCUGAAUGAAGUCACUAAACUUUUGUCUCUGGUAUUCCAGCUGGACAAACUUAGUUUGUCUAAAAUCACUUGCACAUCUUUCAAUGGGAAGGCCUUUAAAGACUUUACCGCUCAUCUGAAUCAUAUGUCCAAACUCAAAGAGCUCACUUUGUCUUCUUUCUGCCUCACCGAUCAUAUUGGAAAUCUUCUGAGAGGCCUUCCACUUCCUUUGGAUUGCCUGAGUCUGCCUCUCAGUGGACUUUCUAGCAAUGAUUUCAAAUUUCUGUCCCAGUGCCCGCAGACUAACUACCUAACGCUGUUGAAUCUUAGUGACAACCGAAUAUUUUGGGGAGAUUGUGAGCCCUUUCAGGAUCUGCUAGAGAAAGUCUCUGGUACUCUGAGGCAUCUAGAAAUAGAUCACUGCCUGAUAACAGAUUCUGUAAUGUCUGUUAUCAUCCCAGCACUAAGCCACUGUUCCCAACUCCGUGUGUUUAGCUUUGCCUCCAACCCCAUAACUAUGAGUAUGCUCACAAGAAUUCUGCAUCACUUAACACACUUAACAGAGUUAAAGUAUGUGGUUUAUCCCAUCCCUGUGCAUUGCUUUCUAUUUUGGCCUUUUCAGGACAGGUUAGACAUUCAGCAGCUUGCUGAUGUACAAGUGCAAUUGAAGAGGUUGCUAACGGCAGCACAGCGGACUGACAUGAAAUGGAUCACUUAUUCUGACUAA